UGUCUCGUCCCCGCGAGCAGCCGCCAGACGCGCCACCACCAUCUUCUGCAUGUGCAACCUUAGCAGCCGGACGGGAAACCGCUCUCGGGGCUAUGGAGACUGCGGGAAAAACCUGGCGGCUCGCGAUGGGCUGCUGAAGGGGCGCAGUGGGGGACCGCCAACCGCCCUCACCUCUCUCCUUUUUCCUCUUUUCUUUUUUUUUUCUUUUUUCUUUUUUUUUUUUUUUUGGUCGUUUUUAAUUUUAGCGCCAUCGUGGUCAAUGCCUGUGUGAACAGCCUUUAGGAAGAGUGCGAGAGAAAGAGAGAGCGCGCGCCGGGGAGAGGAGAAAAGAAGAUGAGGAUUAUUUGCAGGCAGAUUGUCUUGUUGUUUUCUGGAUUUUGGGGACUCGCCAUGGGAGCCUUUCCGAGCAGCGUGCAGAUAGGUGGUCUCUUCAUCCGAAACACAGAUCAGGAAUACACGGCCUUUCGAUUAGCAAUCUUUCUUCACAACACUAGCCCCAAUGCGUCCGAAGCUCCUUUUAAUCUGGUACCUCAUGUGGACAACAUUGAGACAGCCAACAGUUUUGCCGUGACAAAUGCUUUCUGUUCCCAGUAUUCUAGAGGAGUGUUCGCCAUUUUCGGACUCUACGAUAAGAGGUCGGUACACACCUUGACCUCGUUCUGCAGCGCCUUGCACAUCUCCCUCAUCACACCGAGUUUCCCCACGGAGGGGGAGAGCCAGUUUGUGCUGCAGCUCAGACCGUCCUUGCGGGGCGCGCUCCUGAGUCUGCUGGACCACUACGAAUGGAACUGUUUCGUCUUCCUGUACGACACGGACAGGGGAUACUCAAUACUUCAAGCUAUUAUGGAAAAAGCAGGACAAAAUGGUUGGCAUGUCAGCGCUAUAUGUGUGGAAAAUUUUAAUGAUGUCAGCUAUAGGCAACUUCUAGAAGAACUUGAUAGACGACAAGAGAAGAAAUUUGUAAUAGACUGUGAGAUAGAGAGACUUCAAAACAUAUUAGAACAGAUUGUGAGUGUUGGGAAGCAUGUUAAGGGUUACCACUACAUCAUUGCAAACUUGGGAUUCAAGGAUAUUUCUCUGGAGAGAUUUAUCCAUGGUGGAGCCAAUGUUACAGGAUUCCAGCUGGUUGAUUUUAAUACACCUAUGGUAACCAAACUAAUGGAUCGCUGGAAGAAACUAGACCAGAGAGAGUAUCCAGGAUCUGAGACUCCUCCAAAGUAUACGUCUGCUCUGACUUACGAUGGAGUCCUUGUGAUGGCUGAAACUUUCCGAAAUCUUAGGAGGCAGAAAAUUGAUAUUUCAAGGAGAGGAAAUGCUGGGGAUUGUCUGGCAAAUCCUGCUGCGCCAUGGGGCCAGGGAAUUGACAUGGAGAGGACACUCAAACAGGUUCGAAUUCAAGGACUGACAGGAAAUGUUCAGUUUGACCACUAUGGACGUAGGGUCAAUUACACAAUGGAUGUGUUUGAGCUGAAGAGCACAGGGCCUAGAAAGGUUGGUUACUGGAAUGAUAUGGAUAAAUUAGUCUUGAUUCAGGACGUGCCCACUCUUGGCAAUGACACAGCAGCUAUUGAGAACAGAACAGUGGUUGUAACCACAAUUAUGGAAUCCCCAUAUGUUAUGUACAAGAAAAAUCACGAAAUGUUUGAAGGAAAUGACAAGUAUGAAGGAUACUGUGUAGAUUUGGCAUCUGAAAUUGCAAAACAUAUUGGUAUCAAGUAUAAAAUUGCCAUUGUCCCUGAUGGAAAAUAUGGAGCGAGGGACGCAGACACAAAAAUCUGGAAUGGGAUGGUAGGAGAACUUGUUUAUGGGAAAGCAGAGAUUGCUAUCGCCCCUCUGACAAUCACUUUGGUCCGAGAGGAGGUCAUUGACUUCUCUAAGCCCUUCAUGAGUUUGGGCAUAUCUAUCAUGAUCAAAAAGCCUCAGAAAUCCAAACCAGGAGUGUUUUCCUUCUUGGAUCCUCUGGCCUAUGAGAUUUGGAUGUGCAUAGUCUUUGCCUACAUUGGUGUCAGCGUGGUCUUAUUCCUAGUUAGCAGGUUCAGUCCGUACGAGUGGCACACAGAAGAGCCGGAGGAUGGAAAGGAAGGACCCAGCGACCAGCCUCCCAAUGAGUUUGGCAUCUUUAACAGCCUCUGGUUUUCCUUGGGUGCCUUCAUGCAGCAAGGAUGUGACAUUUCACCCAGAUCCCUCUCAGGUCGCAUUGUUGGAGGUGUCUGGUGGUUCUUCACGCUCAUCAUUAUAUCAUCUUAUACCGCUAACCUCGCUGCUUUCCUGACGGUAGAGCGAAUGGUCUCCCCCAUAGAAAGUGCGGAAGACCUGGCCAAACAAACAGAAAUUGCCUAUGGAACAUUGGAUUCAGGGUCAACAAAAGAAUUCUUCAGAAGAUCAAAAAUAGCAGUGUACGAAAAGAUGUGGACCUACAUGCGAUCGGCAGAGCCGUCCGUGUUCACGAGGACUACAGCUGAGGGAGUGGCUCGUGUCCGCAAAUCCAAGGGCAAAUUUGCGUUCCUCCUGGAGUCCACUAUGAACGAGUACAUUGAGCAGCGAAAGCCGUGUGACACGAUGAAAGUGGGAGGAAAUCUGGAUUCGAAAGGCUAUGGAGUAGCAACGCCCAAGGGUUCCUCAUUAAGGAGGAGGACAGAGGAGAACUAACCAGCUCCAGGACCAAGGUAAGAGGGGAGUUUUCUUUCAAAAGAAUGGGUUCCAUCCAUUUGAAGGAAACCCCUCCCCCACCUGUUUUUCAAUCCCUUUUUCUUUAUACAUUUAUAUUUUUUAACCCACGCAUUAGGAAAUCAGCUUGCCACCUGUGCAUAACAGUCACUUGAACAUCCCCUUACAAAUGUGAUAGCAGGGAAAACUAGUCAUAUCUGGUUAUACGCGAAUGCAUUUAUGUUUUUCAUCAUCAUCAAGUAUCAGUGCUAGUCUUCCACUAAGGAUCAAUCUCUUGCAUAGGCCUUAGGAAGUUACCAUCGGCUGUUCAUUUCUCUACGUGUAGAAUACAGAUAGUAACUGUUCAUCAAGCCGUCAUGAGUAAUGGGGUUACAGAAAUAUCGAAAUGAAAAUCCAAAGGAUUUCUAUAGAAAAAAUAGUAUUCUUAAGAAUUUUUUACUAAAAUAAGCAGCUGAUAGAAUUUAGAUGGUAUAUAAUUUGGAAUUGGCUCAGGCUAGAUUUUGGGUGUGCAGGCAGUGUAGAUUUAAUGAGAUGUUUAAGGUACCAUAUGAAAACGGGAUAGAAAAAUGAGGAAGGGGAGCUGAUAUUGUCUUGAGCAGUGUUUCUUCAUGCUUCUAGAGACUUUCGGGCCUUGGGUAUCACUUCUAAGUGGUUUCCAUUGUUAUCUCUCACGUUCUAUGUUGCUGUCCUUGGAAAUCAUCAGUAUUCCUUGUCUUUGGUACUGUUUUCACCUUGGUCCUUCCAGGGGGGAAGAAAUCCAAGGCGAGAAACAAGUGAGAGAAUUGAAAUGCAUCCAGAAUUUGAGAUAUCGGAAGAAAGGUAGAACUUUGGGCUCAUGAAAGGACAGCUUCUGUCUUCCUGGCCCGCUCUUGUGUGACU